AUGGACGGUGACGCAUCUGCAAAGACCAUGGACAAGGGCGCCUCUGCUGCCUUGAGAAACGACGACUUUGGGUCCACUGGCAUCCACGAGGACUCUGUCCCUAGAGGCGAGCCCGUCGGAGAGAAGACCACAGGCACAGGCACCUCUGCUUUCAGCGCAGAAGGCUCAAUCGGCAAGCAGUUCACUGGUAUGCUCAUACUCUUUGUCAUCUGCAGACCAAUUGUUAAUCAAAUACUAGCUGGCGGCUCGAUCGGCCAAAUUGGCGAGAAGGUCGGUGGACCCUUCUCAAGUCAGGGCGCCAUUGGAAAGCAAUUCACCACCGAGGGCUCAAUUGGUGGCACUGUUCAGGAACAGCUCGGCCAGGGCGAGAACAACACCUUCCAGAAGUAG